AUGUCUGAUUCAGUGGUGGUUUUCAGCGGCGGAACCGCCACCAAUGAUCUUGUGCACGUGUUCAACUCUCUUUCUGCUAGCGUCACGUAUGUCUUGCCAAUUCUGGACAACGGAGGGUCCACAUCUGAGAUCAUCAGAGUCAUUGGUGGACCAGCCAUUGGAGAUAUCCGCUCGAGGCUCACACGGCUUAUUCCCGAGGAAAACGAGCCAUUGAAGCGGCUCUUGAGCUUUCGGCUCGAGAGUGACGCUGUUCAAGCAAAAGCGCAAUGGAACGAGAUCGUGGAGGGUACUCACUACCUUUGGAAAGACAUCGACAGCGCUACCAAGGAAAUUUUGAGAGCGUUUUUGAUACACGUACACGUGGAGCUUCUUAAGCGGUCAAAAUUGACGCCUACAAGCAACACAAACAAGAAGUUCAGAUAUGAGUUAGCCAACAUUGGCAACUUGUUUCUCACAGGCAUCCGUCUCUUCAUAGGGUCGCUUGACUCAGCAAUUGAAUUGUUUAAAAAGCUCACGGGCAUAGACAAUUCCAUUCAGGUUAUGCCUUGCAUCAGUACCAAUUUUAGCUACCACAUAGGCGCCCUCUUGAUCAAUGGCCUUAUUAUCACCGGCCAGUCUCAGAUAUCUCAUCCCUCUCCAGGUGAAGUAUACCCUCCUCCAAUCAACAGGACCAGGCCGCCUACUCCCACUCACGAGAGCAACGAAUUCUUUAGUCACAUAGACACGACUCCUGAUGUUCACGAAACUGAAUCUACCCUCUCCUCUGACGAUGAAGAAUUGGGAAACAUUCCUCAGUACACUCACCCAGAGCUCAAGAAGUCACAAUUGCAUUUCCAAAAGACGGAGAGUAUCGAGCCACUUCUUUCGCCCAUCGAGAGGAUUUUCUACAUAUCACCACAUGGACAAGAGAUCUGCCCCAUUGCGCUGACUCGUGUGAUUAACAGCAUUUCUAACGCAAAGACUCUCGUUUAUUCAAUCGGUUCGCUCAUGACUAGCAUCGUACCAAUAUUAGUUUUGAAAGGGAUAGGAAAGGCCAUUGCCCACGAUUUCAGCCCGGGCAAGAAACGCAUCCUCCUCCUCAAUGGCUGUGAAGAUAGAGAAACUUACGGCUUGACAGCCAUAGAUUACGUCGAAACCAUCAUCAAGCUGGCACAAUACUCCCUUGAGAAAUCUCACCAAGAGUAUAAGCACCUUAAAUGGUGCAAUUUCGUCACUCACCUUUUCUUCAUGAAAGAUCCAAGAAUAACUGUAGAUAAAGAGCUGUUAGAAAAGAAAGGCAUUCAAUGCCUCGAAAUAAGUCGAGACAAAGAGGGCCUCGAUAGGUAUGAUCCUGAUCAUCUUCGAGAGACGCUCAAUGCAGUUGCUGCAUCAUGA